AUGUCACCUGAGAGCAAAUGCAAAAAAGCUGACUGUAACUGUUUUGGAGCUCCUUGUGUAUUCAAUGACACAUUUGGAAGAUGUAUAUGCCACUGCUUGGAUUUCACUUUCGGAGAUACAUGCAUCUUCGGGAACAACGAAAUCACCGCUGCAUUAGAUAUUAAAUCAGUGCCCACCAGAAAGCUGAACAUCUCUUUGAGAAUUGACAUAGAAUUUCACCCUGCUUACAGUGAUCUACACUCCACAGAAUCUGCGUCAUUCAUCGAUGCAUUGAUCAAGGAGCUAAUGUUUCUUUGCAAGACAGCAGAUCCACAAAACUUUAAGAACGUAGAAGUCAUUAAUCUCAGAAGAGGAAGUGUCAUUGCGGACACUGAAGUUCAAUACAACUAUCCCAACAAUGACUCUCAAAUACAUUUUCUAAACACUGGAUUGAAAUCCACAUUGCUAAAUAUCCUAAAUAACACAUAUAACUUGAAUAACAUUAGUCAAGCCUUUGGGAAUGUGAGCAUAGAAGUGAGGAAUAUCGCCUUACAGCCAACAGAAAUUAUGAAUAUCACAGAUCUUAGGCCAUACAUCACCUGCGAGAAAUUUGCCAACUACACUCCAGAAGUCUCUGAUGGGUCAUGGAAGUGUCAUGGUCCUUGUUUGAGAAACCCUAAUUACUGUAAUGGACAUGGACAAUGCCUCAACAAUAUACAAACUGGACCAAUCUGUCGGUGCUAUGAUUCUGGAGUGGAGCAAUUCACUGGACCUCAGUGUGAAAUGUUCCACUGGGGCCCAGGGUUCUAUGGUGCUGUCUUUGGAUCACUGUCAGCAGCUCUUCUCCUCAUGGUCGUAGUCAUUGUGGUCAUUGUUCUUCACACGAGGCGUCAAGGAAUAUGGAACAGGGGGCAGUCACCCAGAGCCCGUAGACUGAGUGCUCUUGAUGAGGACUUCUUUGACUUCUCAAACACAGACUCUGAAUCCAGUAAUCUACCUGGCAGAAGCAGAGAGUACAACAUAAAAAACAAUCUAGGUUUUGUAGGAGAUUUCACCCCAGGGGUUUUCAGACCACAUCUUGAGCAUGUGGACACAUCCUUAAAUGUGAGGACUAAACGUCCAGAGAUCGGUUCUUGAAAGGCUAAAUCUACUGGGAGCUGCCUGAUUGAUUUUCUAUUUGAACAAAAAGCUGUAUCUAUUAUCAUGUAUACUUUCAGUUUGUAAUUUUUCUUGACAUGAUUUUACAUUUCAUU